AUGCCACAAUAUUUUGCGAUUAUAGGAACCAGGGACAAUCCCAUUUACGAAGCUGAGUUCCCAUCCAUCUCCGGAAAGAAUAGUAUUGGAUUUCCCCGAGAUUUAAAGGAAUUAAAUCCAUUUAUUCUACAUGCAGCAUUAGACAUAAUUGAAGAUCUACAAUGGCAAAUGAAUCCAAAUUCCGGGGGAGUUACGACUGGUGGUUAUUUUGGUACAGGUGGUAAUAGUAACAGUAAUUCUAAUUUAUCUGUUAAUAACAGCAAUAGUAGUGGUGUGGGAUUUCUGAGAAAUAGGUCUAAUAAUAACAAUAACAUGGAAAACUGUUACUUAGGGAAAGUGGAUCAUUUUUAUGGUCUUUCAAUAACAGCAUACUUGACAUAUGGUGGAAUGAAGUUUGUCAUGAUUCAUGGAACCACAGGUGAUCUCGGUGGCAGCGCAGGUGGAAACAUAUCAGGGGACGAUGUAGGAGGUAAUGCAUCCAAAUCUGCUGUACAGAUUGAUGAUAAUGCACUAAAACUUUUCUAUCAGGAGGUGCACGAACUUUAUAUCAAGACUUUGAUGAAUCCUUUCUAUCGUUUGAACGAUCCCAUUACUACACCUGCAUUUGAUAAAAGAGUACGAGCUUUAGCCAGAAAGCAUAUAGUAACGUCUAAGUAG